AGUCGCAACACAAGAAGGCCGAGCAGCGGUUGAACGCGCGCGUUGGAAUCGCGAUUUUAUACACCGGGCAUCGCGCAAAAAGGGCAUCACGCCUAAAUGACGAUAAGAAAGACCAAUCUCUCAGGGUGCUGCGUUUUAAGUUUAGUGUAGCUACCACUUGUUGAUCCCCGUCGAGAAGUGCAAAUUGGUGGUGGACCAAUUAUGAACAGAUGAAGUUUAAGUCGUUUAAGGAUUUAUUUGUAGGUUAUUUUAUUUAGAAGACAAGUUACUGUGAUACCUCUGGGAUUAACAAGGACUUCGCUUUUAGAAAAUUAUUGUAAACAAUUAUGAGCACAAUGGAAACAAAACGCCCUGUCUGCAACAAACCGCUGCCCAUUUUGGUGGUCUCAAUGUUAAUGAUCUUUUUCCAAAACACUGCCAAGGCUGCCAAUAUACCUCCUGUAACUACAAGUGCUCCAGAAGUGGCUUCCGACGUACGAGUAGAAUGUAACAGCGACGAGAUCCUGGUGAGCAUCAGCACCAGGUCGGGAAGAUUCAACGGCAUGAUCUAUCCCAGGGGAUUAUCGAAAAACAGCACCUGCAUGGGUGAAUGGGUGCAGAGAGCAUCCCCUGUUCAAUACGCCCUGCCUCUCAGGGGGUGCAACACUAUGAGCACAGAACUGGAUGAUGGUGGUAUUGAGUACUUUAAUACCAUCGUUGUUCAGCCGCAUCUGAAGCUUGUAACGAAUCAAGGAAGAGGUUUCCAUAUAAGGUGUCGAUACAAUACAAGAAACAACACCAUCACUAACGACUCACUCAAAGUGGAUCUGAUGGCAGCCGAUCCAAUCACAGCGCUGGCUCCGAUGCCAGGUUGCAGCAUGAAAAUCUUCACCGGCGACCCGACCCAGAAGGAGGUCGCGGAAAACGUGAAAAUCGGCGACCCGCUCACCCUGGUCGUCUCCCUGGACGAGCAGGACGCCUACGGGAUUCGCGUGACGGAAUGCCUGGUGAGAGACGGGCUGGGCUGGGGAGAGCAGAAGCUCAUCAACGACGAGGGCUGUCCCUUGGACCCGGAGAUUAUGGGCCUGUUCGAGUACUCUUCGGAGAAGACGAGGGCGACGGUGAAGUUCCAGGCCCACAAGUUCCCGUACACCGCGUCCGUAUAUUAUCAGUGCAACGUUAAGCUUUGCUUGAAGGCUGAUAACGGAUGUGACUACCAGGCCCCGAGCUGCGGAGGAAACCGCCUAAGAAGACAGGCAUCGGACGAGGGAACGCCCGCGACCAUCGAAGUCUACAGCGGCCUCUACGUCAACGAGGCAAACGACCUCGCCAAAGCCGGACAAGAGGAUGACUCGGUCUUCAGCGAAAAGGCUUCCGAGGACAGCAUCUGCAUAUCGCAGCGAAGCUUCGCGAUCGGAAUUUGCAUAGCCGGCCUGAUUCUGAUGCUGUGCGUCGUCGCGGCCAUCUUGUUCCUGAUGGCGAGAAGGAGGAAGAAGACGUCCUCGAACCCGGGCAGCUCGAUUUACAGCGGCCCUUACACGAACACUGCCUACAGUCAUAGCAGUUAGAUUGAAAGAUAGUACGCGAAAACGAUCCAACUGGUUUAGCAAUUACAAUUUUUUUUUGCGAUGAAAAUUGCUGUUGGGUUUAUUUUG